ACCUCUUAUUUUAGUCUCGGGAAGGCUGUGCUCCCGGGUCAUUCCGAUCGGGACGGUUCUGUGUUGUAGCGAGUAGGAUUUCAGGACCUGAAUCAGAAUGUGGUGCCCUGUCCUCCUGUGCCUCCUCUCAGCCCUGUCAGUCAGCUGGGCAAGACCACGCCUCCAUCCACUGUCCCAUGAAAUGGUCAACUAUAUCAACAAAGCCAACACUACAUGGAAGGCUGGACACAACUUCCACAAUGUGGACUACAGCUACGUGAAACGGCUGUGUGGAACUCUUCUGAACGGCCCCAAGCUCCCUGUCAUGGUACAGUAUGCUGGAGAUGUAAAGUUGCCCAAGAACUUUGAUGCCAGGAAGCAGUGGCCUGAAUGCCCUACCCUACAGGAGAUUCGAGACCAGGGUUCCUGUGGUUCUUGUUGGGCUUUUGGCGCAGCAGAGGCCAUCUCUGACCGAUUGUGCAUCCACAAUAAUGGUAAAGUCAGCGUGGAGAUCUCUGCCGAGGACCUACUGACGUGCUGCUCAGACUGCGGCAUGGGGUGCAAUGGCGGCUACCCCUCUGCUGCCUGGCAGUUCUGGACCGAAGAGGGCCUGGUGUCUGGAGGGCUGUACGACUCUCACAUCGGCUGCCGCCCCUACUCCAUCCCCCCCUGUGAGCACCAUGUGAAUGGCUCCCGCCCUCCCUGCACUGGAGAGGGGGGAGACACUCCCAAGUGCACGCAGCAGUGUGAGGCUGGCUAUAGCCCUUCCUACAACCAAGACAAACACUAUGGUAAGCGGUCGUACAAUGUGCCAUCUGAGCAGGAGCAGAUCAUGACUGAGCUUUUCAAGAAUGGCCCAGUAGAGGCUGCCUUCACAGUCUACGAGGACUUUCUCUCGUACAAGACAGGUGUAUAUCAGCAUGUGACAGGAGCAGCUCUGGGUGGCCAUGCCAUCAAGCUUCUUGGCUGGGGGGAGGAGAACGGCACUCCCUACUGGCUGGCUGCUAACUCCUGGAACACCGACUGGGGUGACAACGGGUUCUUCAAAAUCCUCAGAGGAGAAGACCACUGUGGCAUAGAAUCUGAGGUUGUUGCUGGAAUCCCCCGCAGUUAAAGGCAGCACCCCUUUGCCUGUGGCCCACUUCCAGCCAUGCUGAUUGGAACAGGACAUAACUGACUGCACUCCCAACUGACCAUAGGCUUUUGUAUUUAGUCUAUGUGCAGAUUCAUUACUGCUGCUGGAUGAUGUGUAGAUAUCCCUUUAUACUAGACUUUUAAUUUUUUGGAAAUUUAAAGGGUUUUAAUGUUUAUAUGUGGUUUUUAGGCUACAGAAUUGUUUUAUUCACUAUAGAGAAUGAAAGUGAAAUGGGCCCUUUGCCCUGCAAUGGACCUAGGAGCUGCUGUAGCCUAAAAUGCUUUUAUUUCAAUUUUUUAAAUAAUUAAAAGGCUUUGGGUCUACCUGGAUGUUGGGCCUAAGGUUGGAAUUUUGUUAAACUGUUAAUUUUUUUUAUUGUUGCUUGACUUCUAAUAAAUAUGGAAUUUUGUUUUGGAA